AACAAAAUGAGCAAGAGAGCUUUGUGCGGAUUGUUUAUGAUGUAGAACCUGAUACUGACAGUCUCUUUUGGAUGAUAUCAAAGUUAUACAAUCAACAUGUAUCUAAAUAUGCGUUACAUUCCUCCUGUCAAAUUUCAAUGAUAGGAAUGGUAUUUCUACUCCAAAUAACAUUUUAAGGUUAGUGAUAACUAUUUGAGAAACAAAAUUUAUAAGAACAUCACAUAUAAUGCAUAAUCAGCUUCCUGUUAAUUUUUAAAAGUAUAGAUAAUGAUAUGGUAGAAACAGAACCAUUGAUGCAGGCAUUUAUUUUUCUUUCCUGCUGCUUGCUACUGAAGGAAAUAAGUUUAUCUCAAAAGUAAAUGCAAGAUUUGUGAAUAAUUUAUUGGUUUUUGCUAGUUGGAAUCACAAAGCAUACUUAGAUGUUUGGUUUAUUUUGAAAAGUUCUUGCACAUUGAAUUGCAGCCAUGUUAUUUUUCAUUUUGGAGUCAUGGUUUUCAAAUCAAAAAAAGCUUGUGUGGGCCCACAAAAUAGGUGGAAUCGGCACCCUUUGUUUCUCCAAUGAUGUGCAGAGAGAAACAUACAUUUCAGGAAGAGAACUAGAGCUAAACUUAUUAUAUAUCACUUUUGUUGGUUCCAUUUCCUGUUUAACACAAACUAUCGUAAGUACUGGGCCUUUUGCUACUAUUUGUGUGUGUUUAUCUUGAUAACAUGGAUGGGAAGAAACUUGAAUACAAAGGUGAGGAGGCAUUAAAGGAGAUUGAGAAGCUAACAACAGAAGCUGAUAAAGUUCAAGAGAACAUGUUGAAAGAGAUCUUAGAAAAAAAUAUGGAAACUGAGUAUUUGAGUAAGUAUAUGAAAGGUUCAAAAGAUAUCUCAGAGUUUAAACGUUCUGUUCCUGUUACUACCUACAAAGAUAUCUAUCCUUAUAUCCAGAGAAUUGCCAAUGGUGAAGACUCUUCUAUUCUUACUGGUCAACCUAUAACUGAAAUGUUGUGCAGUUCAGGAACUUCAGGUGGAGAACCGAAGUUAAUGCCAUCAAUAGCAGAAGAUCUUGACCGUCGGACCUUCCUAUAUAAUCUCAUCAUGCCAAUCAUGAACCAGUAAGAUUACCCACCAUUAUCUUCUUUCUUUCCAUUUCUGUGUAACUUAAAGGCGGAAAUGUCUACUCCUUGUGGCUUACCAGCCCGGGCUGUGCUCACCAGCUACUACAAGAGCACGCACUUCAAGUGUCGUACAAGCGAUCCAUUCAAUGAUUUUACCAGUCCAGACAAAGCCAUCUUGUGCAAUGACAGCAACCAAAGCAUGUAUUGCCAGUUGCUGGCUGGCUUGAUCCAUCGCCACCAGGUCAUGCGCCUUGGAGCCGUGUUUGCAUCAGCUUUUCUCCGAGCCAUAUCUUUCCUCGAACGCAAAUGGAUGCAACUAUGCCAUGAUAUCCGUACAGGGCAGCUAGAUCUUAUGAUCACUGAUCCUGGAUGUAGAUCAUCAAUGUCAGCUCUGCUAGUAUCACCAGAUCAGUGUCUAGCUAACGAGAUUGAGGACAUUUGUAGCCGUGCAUCAUGGAGGGGGAUCUUAUGUCUACUUUGGCCCAAAGCUAAGUACAUUGACGCAGUGGUUACAGGGUCCAUGGCACAAUACAUACCAUCACUUGAAUAUUAUAGUGGUGGAAAGUUGCCCUUGGUGUGUACCAUGUAUGCCUCAUCUGAGUGCUACUUUGGUCUCAACUUGAAACCCUUGUGUGACCCUGCUGAUGUGUCUUUCACACUCUUGCCUAACAUGGGGUAUUUUGAAUUUUUACCUCUGGGAAAGAAUGGGAUGCUUUCAUUUGAUGUAGUCCAGGAGGAAGAGGUGUCAGCUGAUAAGGUUGUGGACUUGGUGAAUGUUAAACUCGGUUGUUACUACGAGUUGUUGGUUACUACUUUCGCAGGACUGUAUCAUUAUCGAAUUGGAGAUGUUCUCCAAGUGACUGGAUUUCACAAUAAAGCCCCACAAUUCCGAUUCAUUUGUAGGAGAAACGUUCUUCUGAGCAUCGACAAUGACAAAACCAAUGAAGAAGAUCUUCACAAGAGCAUUACAAAAGCUAAAAAACUGUUAGAUCCCUACAAUGCCUUACUCAUGGAGUACACUAGCUACGCAGACACAUCAUCUGUGCCAGGACACUACGCGCUCUUCUGGGAAAUUCAAUUCAAGGAAUCAGUGGUGGAGUCAGUGAGCCAAAUUGAUGCAAAGGUCAUAGAAGAUUGCUGCAUCGCUGUUGAAGAAGAACUUGAUUAUGUGUACAGACGAUGCAGGACGAACGAUAAAUCCGUCGGGCCAUUGGAGAUCCGGGUGGUGCAGCCAGGGACGUUUGAGGCAUUGAUGGAUUUGUUUAUCAGCCAAGGAGGCUCAGUCAACCAGUACAAAACACCAAGGUGCAUCAACUCUAAUGCUGCUUUGAAGUUGCUUAAUGCUCACGUUACUGCAUGCUUCUUUAGUCCCAGAGAUCCAACAUGGAUUCCUUGAAAUGCUGAAUUGCUUAUUUUGCCUUCGUUGUUCAUCUUUCUGGAUAAUAGUACUACCGUUAAUGUGAGUUUUAAAUGAGUUUGUGCCAUAAGUAAUAGGCAUAUAUCAGCACCGAGAUAUGUGUUGAAACGCGAUGUUUAGUACUAAUGGUGUAUUGAAUCUUGCUAUCGAUGCUUGAAUUAUGUUAUUUAUUA